AUGGAGAGAGAAACUGAUCAGGAAAUUUUUGAUCCUCUAGCCCUUAGCAAAAAUUGGACUUCUACACAACGGUUUAAUGUUGCAACAUUAUGUGUUCACAUUGUUUACGAAAGAGUAUGGUCGAAUAACGACUCUGAGUUAGAAUGGAAACAACAAUUUCUUAAUAAUAUAUUUCAGCAUUUAGCUGUUGACCGUACAAAAGAGCUUGACGAUGAUAACAGCAAAAUAAAUAUUGAACUGUUAAUAUCCACUUUCGAACAACCAGACAUUCGUCAGGAGAUUGUUUCAGAAAUUUUGUUAAUAUGUCUCGGUCUUGUGCGGAAUGAUAUAAAUAGUUCUAGCGAAGGGUUGGAGCUAAAGGAAAAAGUUGAUGAUAUGGUAUCUGAUGCAAGUAAUUUUGAUACACCAUUAGCAGAUUCGAUUGUUCUAGUAAAUAAGCCGGUAGAAUAUGAUGCACGAUCAAGAGCAGUUUUAUUCAAGUAUGCACAAUAUUUGAAAGUUCCUAUAACUGAUGUCGAAUCAUUAGAGAAAAAGUUGGCACAACAUUUAUAUUUUUUGCAACAAGAGCAAAUUGAAAGUGGAAAGACUUCUAACAAUGGUGACCAAAACAUUCAAGGAUUUAAUAAUAGCGCAAGCACUAGCCUAAUUAGUCGUGAUAAAAAGAAGAAAAAGUGGCAUUGGAUGGCCACUGGUGUUGGUGUUGUAGUGGGUGCAACUGCAAUUGGCUUAACCGGAGGAUUGGCUGCACCAUUUGUUGCUGCUGGAAUAGGUGCAAUAACUGGAGCUGGGAUUGUCGCAACUGCUGCCUCAAGCGUAACAUUAAUGGCUUCCUUAUUCGGGAUCGCUGGAGGUGGACUUGCAGGCUACAAAAUGCAUAAAAGAACUCAAGGUUUAAAGGAAUUUUCUUUUAAUCGGAUCGUUCACGAUAAUUCACGUCCUCAUAUCCCGUCUCUUCAUGUCAACAUUGUUAUUUCAGGAUAUCUUUUGGAGGAUGUCAGUGAAGUUACUACUCCUUGGCUUCCUACGUUUGAAAAAGCUUCCAAUUACAGCGAUACAUUUGCAUUGAGUUUCGAUCCCGAAAUUCUUUUGUCACUUGGUCGAUCAUUUCGUAGUUUUAUAACUGAGUCAGCUGUUAAGAUUGCGGCUAAUGAAGCUAUAAAAAGGACUGUUUUUGCGACUUUAGCAAAUGCGCUUUUGUUGCCAGCUGCUUUAAUGAAAGCCGGUGAUUUGAUAGAUAAUCCAUGGGCACUUGGUGUAGAUCGUGCACGUAAAGCAGGUUUGGUGUUGGCUGAUGUUUUGAUGGAACGUAUUCAAGGAAAAAGACCAACAGUUUUGAUUGGCUAUUCACUUGGUGCUUUGGUUAUUUGGAAAUGUUUACAAGAAUUAACGAAACGGAAACAAUAUGGAUUGAUUGAUAGCGUUAUUCUUAUUGGUGCACCUAUUUCGUCUACGCCAAUUUCUAAAUGGGAAGCGGUUUCUGGUGUAGUAGCUCGCCGUUUCGUUAAUGCAUAUGCAACAAAUGAUAUUGUCCUUGGAUUAAUUUAUCGGAUGCAUUCACUAGAUUUAAAUGUUGCUGGACUUUCACCAGUAAAUUGUCCUAAUGUAGAAAAUUUUGAUAUUACAGAAUAUACAACUGGGCACUUGGGAUAUCGUGAACCUGAAACAUUAACAAACAUUCUUAAAAAAAUUCAGUUGGAUUAA